UCCGAUACUUGAUCGUCUACUCAGUCGUACUCGUUCGUCUCAUUCGUCGAGACGCCGAAAUCUGACGUUGAACGUUCGUUAGUAUUGCUCUGGACAUUUUAUCGUUGACUUAUCUGACAAGACUAGUCGUCCACCAUAAACCGACUAUCUAAUUGUGCAUCCAGACUAUUGUUAAUACAGAAAAAUCGUCAUGUACACCAGGAGUCGAGGAUCCAAUCAAAAUCAACAGAAUACGUCCUUUGUUCGAGGACCCACUCUGAAUGCCAACUCCGGAUACCAGACAGGAAAUCCUGGAGCUGCUCAGGCGGCAAUAAGUAGCUAUACAACAAUACCGAGGAGGUACAUGUCACCAGGGGCAAGUUCGUUGUCUUACCUCACCUAGCAUAACAUCGUAACUGUUACCUCGAGCCUCUCUCGAGGCCGAGGUUUAUCAUAUUCACAAGAAUAAAAAACCGUUUGAUUUCUCGAUAAUUUCGUGAUGAAAUCUUGAACUACAUCCUCAUGAACCAGUGAAAUACAGACGACAGUUGGACAUUUAAAAUUCUCUAUUAAAAUUGGUUUUCUCAACUCAGAAAAUGUUUCCAACGGCAAAAUUGUCUGUAUUUUAUUUCUCAUAUUCAAGAUUCACCCGAAAUAUCAACGGAAAUCGAAUAAUUUUCUGUUCGUCAUUCUUUCAUUCUUAAAAAUAAAAUGAAUGAUGAAAUCGUGAUGAACAUGUUAUGACCUAUGGUAGUGGUUGAGACGUAUGUUGCCCUCAAGUAAAUGACCCUAAAGACGCCCUGGGCCCUGGUGGGACAGUACAACCGUAGAGGUUCCUUGUGUAGCAGAACGAACCCACCCGAUCUUUAUUCCAGUAUCAGCAAGCAGGCGCACCGCAGAAGCCCCCUCAGUCUCAGGGCCAAAUGCAGGGACAAGCUAGAAUGGCAACACCUCAGCAGCAGCAAAUGAAAUCUAUGCAGCAGCAAACACCCCCGAAGAUUUUUCAGGGACAGCAACAGCAGCAGCAGACCCCUCAGAAGCCCUUCCAGGGGCAACAGCAGCAACAACAGACUCCUCAGAAGCCCUUCCAAGGGCAGCAGCAGCAACAGCAGACCCCUCAGAAGCCAUUCCAAGGCCAGCAGAUGCAGCAGACACCACAGCAGACUCCGCAAAAGCAGUUUGGACAGCCACAACAGCAACAGCUGCAACAACAACAAUCACAACAAUCACAGCAACAACAGCAACCACAGCCAACCCCUGAGAAAAAGGUUUCAGGACCAAAUGUCGCCACGCCGAAGCCAGCAGCAGUUAAUCCCAGUCAGAAUAAUACACAGGGGGCUCCUAGUACUCCAGCCAGUGGCCAGAAUCAAGAUUGUUCCAUGGAUUAUGAGGAUGUCAUGCCAGAGGGAGAUGGUUUCUCCGAGACUAGUGAUCAGCCCAAGUGGAGGCGCUCGAAGCUUCAAGGAACCAAAGUCAACAGAAAAUUGAGACGCCUGAGGAUGAAUCAGCGUCUGAGGAAGACGCUCAUGCCCAAAAAUGCAAUAAUGGUCCUGAAUGAAAUGAAGGCUGGCGUGCAAUUCACUUUCCCAGAGACCCAAGCUGUUGCCAACUCCGUCUUUCUGGUACAUGCUGAGCUGGAUGGAAAAACAUACGUUGGUCAAGGUCUCUCGAAGCCUUUGGCUCGACAAAAUGCAGCUGAGAAUGCUCUCAAGUGCCUUCUUUUGGAAAAAAUGACAGCAGCUGCCAACAAAGCGCGCACUGACGCUGAGAAUGAUCCCCAGGGAGUUCCAGAUAACACUGAAACUAUCAAAGAAGAGAGCGAUGUAACCACAGGUGCACCUGUAGACACGACAAAUCCAGAUGCGGGAGCUGGAACUCCAAUGAAUGUCGAUGAUACUGACGAAAUACCCUGGAGUUCAUUAGCCAGUUUUGCACUUUACAAACUAUUCCUCGAGUGGCAGAAUCAGGGAACUGUCGUACCCAUUCCACGACCUGGUACUCAGACACCACCAAAACUUAAAACUGAAUCAAAACCACCAACUGAGAAGGUACUACCAGAGAAUGCGCUAUCGGUUCAUCCAGUUAUGCUGCUCAAUCAGAUGAAACCAGGAAUAACUUAUGUGGAAGUCAGCAGAUCCGGCAAUCCACCCAAUACACUGUUUACACUUUCAGUUGAGAUCGACGACAAGGUGUAUACUGGAGCUGCAAAAAACAAAAGAGAUGCUAAGAAAAUCGCUGCUAAGGCAGCCCUCAAGGCUCUGUACAAUCUCGAGUACCUGGACGAAAUCAAAGCAGAAGUCGUAGAGCCCAUGCAGGUAUCCGAGCAGAUGUUACAGCAGCCACUCCAAUAGAUCAAUAUUGUUUCACAGAUUUUUUUCAUAAUUAACGACUAUGAAUCCUAUAUUUACUGACUUUAGUUCAUGUUAAAUCUGACGUUUUGAUUAAUGCGAAGUAAUUCAACAUGUUUAAUCAAUUUCAUUCGUAAUUUAAUGACCAUUUUCUUGAUAUGUAAUGAAUGUCGUAUUAAAAAGCCUGAAUUAAAUAAAUAAAAAACAUAAACCUAUAA